CAGUCAUUUAUAUUUGUUAAUCUUUCAGGAACUCAAUUCACACCCAUAGAGAUGUUUCUCCAUAAAAAGUGUUUGUACGUGUUUCACAGGGACAGCAACAAGAGUAAUAUGACAAACUACAAGUUUCACAUGUUUCACGUGACAAGUAGCUCAUCCUGUCAUGAUCCCUCUUGACUUAACUUAACAUAAAGAAAAAAUGGAAAUAAAUACCAGCCUUCAAUAAAAUAAUAUAGGUUCCAGGACUGAGAUUAUUUCAGUUUUCAAUAUAUCAACUGAAAAUGUAGCCGAAAGUUGAUGUGGUAUGCCUCCACACACAGCAUAUCAUUCACAUCUAACAGCUUGAAUCAUAUAGAUGAGAAGUUCCUAAAGUGUCCAGACAAUUGGGCAAACAACAUCUGCUGAUGAAGAUCAUGUGGUAUGAUAGAAAGCCCCAAAGCAACCACUAACGUACCUUUUGAUGAGACUGUUUUUUUCAGUUGCUGUUUCAAAGGUCAAGAAUGAACUUUGACCCUCAGAUUUAUGAAGGAAGACCACCAUUAAAACGAUUAAAAUUUGAGAGGUAUUAUUUUAACUCUGUGUGAAAAACUUUAACUAACAUAACCAUCCAUCGAUUUAAUCUGUCAUCUGCUGCCGUUCCUGGUUCAGCCAUACUCAAUCGAUGCAUGAUUAACCGAUCGGAAGUUGAAAGUCCAAUGCGGUUUUAUUUUGUCCCGGUAUUUUGCCGUGUUGUUGCCAACAGUCACUAGUAGUUAAAGCGGGAUGGAUACCGACUUGACCUUCUCCUCCCGUCGGUCACCUGUGGUGUGUUUACAUGGCUGUGUGGCGUCCAGCCAGUCGUUGGCUUCAAAUAUUGGACUGGACACCCUGAAGCGUGGGGGUAAUGCAGCAGAUGCUGCGGUUGCCAUAGCAGCGGCGCUGGCAGUAACAGAACCAUGCAGCACUGGUCCCGGUGGAGACGCCUUCUGCCUGUUCUACAACGGAAACACUGGAGAGAUCAAAGGAAUUAACGGCAGUGGUCGCUUGCCCAGAGCUCAGACCCUGGAUUUCCUUGAGGGACGUGGUUACAGUGCCGAGGCCCCUCCUUCACCGUCUGAUGCUUUGAAUGUUACAGUGCCAGGGGCUCCUGCGUGUUGGUGUGAUACCGUAGAGCUGUUUGGUAGUCACAAGCUGUCCUUGCAGGAGGUACUGAGCGGGGCGGUGGAGCUGGCUGAGGUGGGGUUUCCUGUUGCCGAGGUAACAGCUCACCACUGGGCGCAUUGGGUAGAGGUCCUGCGAGAUGCUGGGAAGCAACUAGGCCGAGACCUGCUCAUUGAUGGUCACGCGCCCAAACGUGGACAAGUAUUCAGAAAUCCCGCUCUUGCUCGAACUCUGAAGGAGCUGGGUGAGCAUGGUAAGCCAGCUUUCUACCAGGGCAGAGUGGCGCAAGCCGUCGUCGAUGUCAUCAACCAACACGGAGGAGUCAUGACCCUGGACGACCUCAGCGGCCAUAACAGCGAGGUCGUCACCCCCUUAAGCACAGAGUACAAGGGUGUGUGUCUGUGGGAGCCUCCUCCCAACAGUCAGGGACUGGCUGCUCUGCUGCUGCUCAACAUCCUGGAGAACUUUCCUCUCAAAGCUUUAGGCCAUAACAGCUCUGACUACAUCCAUGUUUUGGUGGAUGCUGUUCGUCUGGCAUUAACAGAUGCUCUGCGUUACCUGGGUGACCCAGACCAUGUGACUAUCCCUCUGCAAACCUUACUGGACAAGAGCUACAGCCACCAGCGAGCCCAGCACAUCAGCAUGGAUAGGACCAUGGAAGGAGUGGAGCCCGGCCUGAUGACAGGAAGUGACACAGUCUAUUUCUGUGUGAUUGACAGUCAGGGGAACGCCUGUUCAUUUGUCAACAGCACCUACAUGGGCUUUGGGAGCGGGCUGGUCCCAAAGGACUGUGGAUUCUCACUACAGAAUCGUGGUGCCAGCUUUUCUCUGCAUCGUAACCACGUUAACUGUGUUGCUGGUGGGAAACGACCAUAUCACACUAUAAUACCUGCACUCCUCACUGACUCUGAUUCCAAAUCACAAAAACCACAACUCCUCGCUGCACUGGGGGUGAUGGGGGCUUUUAUGCAGCCACAAGGACACAUCCAGGUGUUGUUGAACAUGUUGGAGUUUGGGAUGAAUCCUCAACAGGCUCUGGAUGCUCCGAGAGUCUUUGUACAGUAUGACCACAAAGCUGACGAGUGGUUGGUUAAUCUGGAGGAGGGGAUAGACCAGGAAGUAGCCGAGGCGCUGAGAAGGCGAGGCCACAAAGUCGACUGGCCAGUCACAGGCCACAAGAGGUCUCGGUUUGGGCGGGGACAGAUCAUUACAGUGGGGGAUUGGUGGAACCCAUCUGUCAAUCAAGCUGAUCGUCCAGCGAGGGUGCUGUGGGCAGGAUCAGACCCCCGAGCAGAUGGAUGUGCUCAGGGAUACUAGACAGACUGUAAAUAAUAAUCAGUUGAUCAACUGAUCACAACGUUUUCUGAAGGCAAAUUUCUUUAUGAAAUGUAGAGCAGAAGUGCUGCAAAGAUCCGCUUGUGACAAAAUUCACAGCAAACACAAACCUUUGUUCUUUGGCGUCAUUGAUUAGCUGACUGAUCUUAUUACCAGGCGUAACUUGACAGUAACACCGUCAUAGCCUGGUGUAUUAACAGCUACAGUGCACCUUCAUGUGCACUGUAGCUGUUAAUACAAGUGCUUUAUGUUCUCAUGUUCUUACAGUAUAUUAACGUUCAUCACAUGUUUGUGUUGUAUGUUUACAUACAACACAAACAUAUUUAUGUUUAUGUUUAUAUAUCAUCAUGUGCAUCAUUUUAUUUUUCAUUCAUUGGCACAACAUUCUGUAUGUUCCUCCACAUGAUUCUUGAUUACAGAUUAGAUUUGUGAGCAGCAAACAAAUGGGAAACCAAAUCUUUGUGUAACAUUAUAUUACGCACCGAACAUGCCCUUCCUCCACUGUUUGUAAUGUGAAUCAUGUCCAUCACUGUUAGUCUUCUUUAUUACUUUUAAAUAUUUUAUAGUGUUAUAUAGUAUUUUUGUUUCUGCUAUUGCUGAAAACCAAUUUAAAACUCUGUAUUUCAAAUGAUCUGUGGUGCAAAAUGAAAUAUGCUGGAUAUGUUUACAAUGAUUUUGUACAUGUUUACAGAUAAAUGAA